AUGGCUUUAAGGUUAAAUAACGAAAGCCCCGAAAUGAAUCAUUUUGGUUCGGGCUAUGUAAAGCAUCGAAAAAAAGCACAAGAUUAUAAAGGCAUUCUAUCCGACGAUACACUUUUAAAAAAUAAUUUAAAAAAAAAGAAAAAUUUUAAAUCAUUUGGAGAGAUUCCUCUUAAUGAUAGAUAUAAUCUCCUUGGACUUUUUAUAAUUUCUGUUUUUGUAAGAUUAUACAGUAUAGGCUAUCCAGCAUCAAUAGUACAAUACAUAAAGCGCAGUUUCUUUCUGGAUUAUGACCCACCAUUAGUGAAAUUGCUUUUCUCCUUCAUUGGUUUAUUGUGUGGAUUUAAUAACGUUUUCGAUGAAAAUAAAGAUUACAUUGAACUUGGGAUUCCGUAUGUGGCCCUGCGCUUUAUGUCAGGAAUCAUGGGAGCUUUUUUAAUACCGAUUGCUUAUUUAACAAUCAAAUCAGCUGGAUUUUCGAAAAUUGCAGCAUUUUUAGUCUCUGCAUUAUUGAUAUUUGCGUCUUUAACUUUUACUGCAUUUACGUUUUUGAUGUGGGUCAAAUUUUAUACCGAAGAAAAAAGACCGUUUAAGUUAUGGUGGUGGGUUUGGAUGGCGUUAACCGGAGUAGGACUUGGUCUUACAAUAAGUGAACAUUGUGUUAAUGGAUUAAAAUUUCAGCGCAAGUUUGGAAGGUUUUUUCACGAUGACCUUUAUCGGUCUUUUAGCAAUAAAUUGCCUAUGGAUGUUGCAUUCGAUUCUAUCAUAACUCUUAAACAUGUUGUUACAGGUGGUUACUUACACUCUCAUCAAGUUCCUUAUCCGAGAUCCGAAGAUGAUGAUAUUUGUAUGGUCAAAUUUGCUGAAUCCUCUGAAAAACCUGAAAGUUCUCAAGACUCUGAAGAUUCUCAAGAACCUCAAAACCUUCAUGAACCUCAAGUACUUCGAGAUCUUCAUGAACCUCAAGAUCUUCAAGAACCUAUCCUCGAUUGGAUAUAUGAUGGUGCAUUAAUUCAUCUAGAACAUGUUAAGACUGGUAGAAGUUUACAUAGCAAUACGACUAUUGCACCAGUUUCAGAUGGUGAUUUUCAAAAAGAAGUUAGCGCUCGCCUUUUCGAUGGUUUUUUAGAUACUACCGACCUUUGGAAUGUAGAAAUUGCAGAGCAUGAUAAAUCUGAUCCAGAAUCUAGUAAACGUGUUCGUACGAUUCGUACAAAAUUCCGCUUAUAUAAUCAUGAAAGAGGAUGUUAUCUUUUUUCACAUUUUAUUAAGCUGCCAGCCUGGGGUUCUGAUGAAAUAGAAGUUACUUGUGCCACGGAUGGUAUUUAUCAAAAUUCGUUGUGGUAUAUAGAAUCAAAUUCUCAUCCAGAUUUACCAGAAGAUACCGAAAUGGCCAAUUAUAAAAAGAUUGGACUCUUUAGGAAAUUUUAUGAAUCUCAUAUAGCUAUGUGGGGAUAUCGUAUUGAACGGGAUUCUAGUAUUCGUAAGUUUGGUCGUCCAUUAUCAUGGCUAUUCUUGAAUAGCAGUAUUAAUUUUUGGGAAGAUAUAAAAGAGGAGCGUCAAAUUUAUUUAUUUGGAAAUCCACUUGUGUGGUGGACUUCUACACUUGCCGUGUUUGGAUUUGUUAUUGCGAAAUUAGGAAUGCUUUUACUGGAAAAGAGAGGAUAUAAAGAUUAUUCGACUGUUAAAGCAAAGCAUUUUGAAUCAUGGGCCGCCAUAUUUUUCAUAGGAUGGCUUUCACAUUAUUUUCCAUAUCUACUUGGUUUUGGAUCAUCAUAUUUGUAUUUUUACUUUCCUUCAUUAUAUUUUGCAAUUCUUUUAAUCGGCAUAGGAUUUGAUUUACUCACGGAUCGACUUACAGUCACGAAUCGAAUAACUAUUGCCGCAAUAUUUUUGUUAGCAAGUGUAUACGUUUUUACAUUAUUUUUACCUAUAACUUAUGGAGGGUCAUGGACAAGAUCUGAAUGUAAUAAAGUAAAAUUACUAAAUUCUUGGGAAUUUUGUGAUUUAUAUGACAAAGAUUAUCUUGAAGAGGAGGCAAUCAUAGAAAUAGAUUAUGAUAAUUCACCAGGUGAAUAUUAUACAAAAAGUCCUGCUUAUUUAACUCAAUCGGUUGAAGCAACUUACAAUUACAAAACACUCGAAAUGGAAUGGUCGGAAUAA